UUCAAAGAAUUGGGUUCGGGGGAUUAGGGCAGUACUCGGCGCCUCGCAGUAGGGCUUGCUCCUCCCACCUAAAACCCUCACUAAAAUCUCCAACUCAGAAACCCUAUUUCUCCGAUCAACUUGUCUGUUUGCGUCUUCAUUUCGACCUCAGAGAUACCCUAAGUCCUCCAUCAAUACCCUAAUACUCUCCCAUCCCAAGCUACCUUACUUUUCUAUAGAGCACAGUAGUAGAGGAACCAACACAACUAAGCAACAAUGUCGAUGUCGAAGAGUUCAAAGAUGCUCCAAUACAUCAACUACAGGAUGCGCGUGACGAUCCAAGACGGCCGUCAGCUGAUCGGUAAGUUCAUGGCUUUUGAUCGACACAUGAAUCUCGUCCUUGGCGAUUGUGAGGAGUUCCGAAAACUUCCACCUACGAAAGGAAAGAAGAACGAAGAACGUGAAGGAAGGCGAACCCUAGGGCUUGUUCUUCUCCGAGGAGAAGAGGUUGUGUCCAUGACCGUCGAAGGUCCUCCUCCUCCCGAAGAAUCGAGAGCUAAAGCAGUUGGAGCUGCUGCAAUGGCUGGUCCCGGACUUGGGCGUGCUGCGGGCCGUGGAAUCCCGACGGCGCCGCUUGUGCAGGCUCAACCUGGGCUUGCUGGUCCUGUUCGUGGUGUUGGUGGGCCGGCUCCGAACAUGAUGCAGCCUCAGAUUUCACGGCCUCCCAUGCCGCAGCUGUCGGCACCUCCCAUUUCGUAUCCACAGGGUCCGAUGAUUCGUCCGCCAGGGCAGGUUCCUGGGUACCCUGGGCAGCCCCCACCGCCAAUGGGCAGAGGCCCGCCACCGGGACCGUCUCAGUUCCCUCCAAGGCCUGGUUCAGGGCCGCCAUUCCAAGUGCCACCACCUCAGUUUGGGCAGCGACCGAUGAUGCCUCCUCCUCAAAUGAUGAGGGGACCACCGCCCCCACCUCGGCCGGGUAUGCCACCACCACCUCGGUCUGGAAUGCCACCUCCACCUGGUGGUGCAAUUCCAGUUUUCGGCCCUCCGCGUCCGGGUAUGCCACCACCGCCAAACCUUCAGCAACAACAGCAGAAUCAGCAGCAGCAAUGAUCAGGGUUUUCCAGUUUAGUGUAGCUGAGGUCGCUUGUCGGGAAGUUUCUACUGGCUGCCAAAUUCUAUGCGCUGAAGGCUAAAACGAAUCAAUGUGAAGAUCACUCCUUUUUUCAGGUUUUGGAAGUUACUAGUGUUUUAUCGGGGGGAUGUUUUCAUUACCAUCAGGAUCCUUGAUGUAUGUAAUUUUGGAAGAGAUUGUUUUAGACAAUUUUAGACUACAACCUCCUCCCUUUUUCAUAGCAAAUAGUUAACUGGCAUGUGUUAAUUUUCAAACGAAAUGGAAUUUGACAUGGUUUGUCAUUGAUGCAA